AUGGCCAUCGGCACAAGUUUCGUUAUCACCAAAAGAGUUCGUCCAACCUCAGAAAUCGCCAACCGAAGACCUCAGACCGCAGACCUACCUCGGUUGGAGCAACGGGCGGCCACGCAUUUCGGAUUGAUGCAAGCGUCCGAACAACAUGGCUUUGAGGGCGAAGGGUUUUCAUACUUGAAGAGUCCCAUUUGGUGGGGAGGUGUCGUCACACUCGCCCUUGGAGAGAUCGCCAAUUUCGCCGCUUAUGCCUUUGCGCCCGCGAUUCUGGUGACACCGCUUGGAGCGCUGAGUGUUCUGAUCGGCGCCGUUCUGGGCUCAUAUUUCCUUGAUGAAAGGUUAGGGAAGCUUGGAAAGCUGGGCUGCGCCAUGUGUCUUUUGGGCUCAGUCGUAAUUGUCCUCCAUGCGCCCCCUGAUAAACCGGUCGAACGCAUUGACGAGAUGCUCGCAUAUGCUGUCAAAGCACCUUUCCUUAUCUACUGCUUGGCAGUUGCGAUCUUCUCGACGGUUAUGAUCUAUCGAGUCGCCCCAGUUUACGGAAAGAAAAACCCCCUCAUCUACAUCUCGAUCUGUUCCACUGUCGGCUCGGUCUCCGUGAUGUCGAUGAAGGCCUUUGGUAUUGCGGUAAAAUUGACAUUCGGUGGUAACAACCAAUUCGGAAACGCAUCUACCUAUGUUUUCGCCAUUGUUACCGGUUUCUGUAUUCUCACCCAGUUGAACUACUUCAACAAGGCAUUGAACUCAUUCUCGACCUCAAUUGUGAACCCCCUCUACUAUGUCACCUUUACGACCUUCACGCUCUGCGCCUCUUUUAUCCUUUUCCAGGGAUUCAAUACUACGGAUGCAGUCAACACCAUUUCCUUGUUAUGCGGCUUCCUGAUCAUCUUUACCGGUGUAUACCUCCUCAACCUGUCACGCCACGAUCCUGACGGACAUGCCCUGGUCAAUGCCAAGCUUGACGACGAGGGAGUCCCGACCGACGGCAUCGCAAGCUUCCAAACUCGACGCUCCAUGCAAUCCCGCCGCAGCACCGAUCCGCAUCGUCGGAGUUCCUCCAGCAUUUUCCUCAACGGUCACGGUGAUCGCGAAGGGCUUAUCCACUCGUACGAUAUCGAGAACAACUCUGGCAUUGGUUUGGACGAUCUGGCAGAAGAUGACGGCGAACCAGGCCCAACCUUCUCGGUUGAUGACCAUCGUACGUUAAGGCAUACAAAGCGAAAUAGCCAGGUCUGA